AUGUUGGUCACUGACAGCCAGAGACCAACACGCAGCAGUCGGGGGCGGGCCCUCUGGAACUUCCGGUUUUGUCUUGGGCGCCGCCAUCUUGGUUCCGGGAUCCCGGCUGCGCGUUUGGUUGUUAGUGAAGUUGGCGGCGGUAGCUUCGCUCCUGCGACGUCCCUGUGCCGGAGCUCCACGGGGACACGCGACAGCCCGGACAGCCAUGUUUCUGUCAUUGCCUUGCUGAUGCUGCCUUCCUUUUCCUCCUCCUCAGUGCUGGUGGGGUUGAGUGAUCAGAUACCAGCGACGGUUGGCCUACUGUACAAUGGAGGUCAGUGCAAUACCAAACCUGAGUUGAUCCUGAAAUUGGAACAAGGAGCUGGACCAUGGACGGAAGAUGCCCCAGUCCAAGGCCUGCCAGAUCUACAGAAUGUGAAGAACCUGAAUGAUACCAUCCAAGAUAUUCAGAAGAGACAUUUGUAUGAUAUAGUAAUUACGAACAGCAGGACAUCAACUGAGAAGAGGUUUAAAUUGGGAGAAAUAUUCAAUGUGACCUCAAAUCAUGGUUUAAAUCUAACUGUAAACAACAGGAACACUUCUGAGAUAAGAUCAGAGCUGCUCAAUAUAUGGGAUAAUGUGCUUCUUCCUUGUGAACCCGAAGAGCUGCAGGCUAGUGAGGAACUUGGUAUUGUAACCGAAAUGCUCCCCAGAUGUCCUGAGCCUCCUAGUCUGUAUCACAGUGUUGAACCUGGUAAACAGUAUUUUCAGUAUUGUGGUCACAGUGAAGCCUUUCACAUGAAGACAUUAUGGUCACAUAGUAUGUUUCCUCUAGGAGAUACCUCCAGUAAAUUCAGAGAACAUGAGAAAGACUUAGAUAUAUUAACUCUUCCUGCCCAGGAGAUGACCCAGUUAAGAGAGGAAACAUUGGAAUGUAACGUGUGCCAGAAAUUGUUCUAUAAGAAGUCUAAGCUCACUCAGCAUGUAAAAACACACAAAGAAAAGAAAUGUUGUAAAGGUAGCAAUUCUGAGGCAAUGUUCAUUAAAAAACCAGACCACAGAAAACAUCAGAGUUUGCUUGUAGGGGAAAAGUCUUAUGUUUGUAAUGAAAAUGAGAAGUGCAUUUGUGAGAUAUCAAAACUAAGUGUUAAUCAGAGAAUCUACAUAGGGGAAAGGAGGAAUGUGUGUGGGAAAGCUUUUUGCCCAAAAUCAAAUUGCAUUGUGCUUCAGAAACCUCACCCAGGUGAGAAAUCCCAUGAAUACAAUAUAUCUGGGGAAACCAUUAACCAGAAAUCAAACCUCCAAAAUCCAAGUCCUCAAAAAUGUGAAAAAAACACUAACCCUACACCAAACCUCUAUUCACACCAGAGAGCUCACACAGGUGAGAAAACCUAUGAAUAUAAACCAUGUCAGAAGUCUCUCAGUCACAAGUCAGAACUCAUUGUACAUCAGCAAACUCAGAUGCGUGAAAAACGCUAUGUGUGUAAUACAUGUGGAAAAGCCUUUUACAAGAGAACCCACUUAAAUGCACAUCAAAGAACUCACACAGGAGAGAAGCCCUAUGAGUGCAUGGAAUGUGGGAAAACUUUCAGGCUGAAGUCAUUUCUCAUUGUACAUCAGAGAAUUCACACAGGUGAGAAACCUUUUGCAUGUGCUACAUGUGGGAAAAGUUUUAAGCAGAGGACAAGCCUCUACACACAUCAGAGAAUUCACACCGGUGAGAAACCCUAUGAAUGUAAAGAAUGUAGGAAGUCAUUUAUUCUCAAGUCAUAUCUCACUAUACAUCAGAGAACUCACUCAGGUGAGAAACCCUAUGAGUGUAAUGUAUGUGGGAAAAGUUUCAAGCAGAAUUCCCAUCUUCAUACGCAUGAGAGAACUCACACAAGUGAGAAACCCUACGAGUGUGUUGUAUGUGGAAAAAGUUUUAAGCAGAGCCCGAGCCUCUACACACAUAAGAGAAUCCACACUGGUGAGAAACCCUAUGAAUGUCAAGAAUGUAGGAAGUCAUUUAGUAUCAAGUUUCAUCUCACUAGACAUCAAAGAACUCACUCGGGGGAAAAGUCGCAUGAGUGCAGUGUAUGUGGAAGAAUAUUUAAGCAGAAGCACCGCCUGAUUGCACAUGAGAGAACUCAUCUAGGUGAAAAGCCCUAUGAACCUAGGAAAACUUGUAGCCGUUUGUCAUCUCCACAUGCACAUUAGAGGAUUCAGAGGUGAGAAACUGUUGGUGUGAUUCAUGGGAAAAGGCCUUCUGCCAGACAUCACACUGGUACAUCAGAGAAGUUACACGAGUGAGAAACCCUACAAAAGUAAAGAUCUGUAAAAUAUUCCAUCAAAGCUCCACUUCAUGGUACAUUAAAGAUCUCAUAGAGGUGAGAAACCAUAUGAACAGAAGAGUGUAGGAACUCUUAACUAUACAGUACGACUUAGUGUACAUCUAAGUGUAUAGCCAAGUAAAUUUUUGUAUAAAAACCUUUGCCCAUAUGUCAUAUUUUAGCAUUCAUUUAGGUGAUUCACACAAGUGAUAAAGCCUAUGUAUAUGGAAAAUUUUCGACCACAAGUUGUCCAUUACUGCAUACCAAAGAAAAAACAUAAGGGGGAAACCCAAAGAAUAUAAUUUAUUUGCAGAAAAGUACUUAACUAGAAAACAAAGCUCAAUGACCAUUAGAAGUCUCUUGUGAGAAUCCUUAUGAAUGUGAAAGAUAGAAAAUGUUUAAAACAUCAGGCAUCUUGUACUGUGCAUGAAAAAAAUGUACAUAGGUGAGUAUACUGUAAACAGAGAAACCUUUAGGAAAGCCAGAUAUUUGCACAUCACAGAACUCACACUGCUGAGAAAGUCACGUAAUGGACAUGGAAAAGCCUUUCACCAAAAAUUAAACCUCUUGGAACAUGAGUGAGCUCAAUUUGCAAGCACAUGAGUUUUUUGUUUGUGGUAAACCCUUUGGCAGGAUGUCAAACAUUAACAUAUUGGAAAGAAAUGCAGCCACUAUAUCUGGAAGAACUACCUUUUCCAGUUAAAUGUCAAGUGGCAUUUUAAUCAAUCCAGGGGAGAUACCCUAAAAAGCUUACUAAUAAGAGAAAUGGUUUGUGACAAAGCAACCCAGAAACAUUCAUCUCACAAAGGCAACAAGUCCUGAAUGCAGUGUGUUCUUUGAAUUACUUUCUUUGCUGUCCAGCUCAGCCUGUGUUUUGCGGUGUUACCAUUUGUGAAUCUAACUUAACAUUUCAGUGGGAUGUAAAUGCAUGUGAUGGCAUUUAUUUCCACAUUGCCUCCCCAAAAUAUCUUAAAUUCUCCCUGCAUUUUCAUGUGUUUGUCCUGAAAUGCAGAUAACCUCCAACAUGCUUUAGGAUACUGUGUAGAGAAGGGUGCUGUGACCUGAAGAGGUUUUUGUUGGAGAGCAGUGAUCCUUCUACAUGCUCUGUAAAUCUCUUUAGUUGUGUUAGUGAUAACAUUCUGCAUGGUGUGUAACAGGAAAUAAACUCACAGCCAUUAAUUUACUUUCAUACAUUGUUGAAACAAACUGCUUGUUGCUUUAGAAAAUUAACUUGAGAGAAACCUGUGUUGCCACAUUUUACUCUCAUGUGGUUUUAUGGGAGAAAACAAAUGAUAAAAUUAUCUCAAAGUUUGACUAUGUUAUCUGGCAUUGAAAACAAACUAAAGUAUACAUUCUUUCAUGUGGAAAUGCUUCCAGCACAAUUUUAAAGAAUAUGUUUCAGAACUUUUUGACCAAGGGAAAUUACAAACUAUGGAAUUUGUAUCCUCAUUUUUAAUGAGAAAUAAUAAAUGUUGAAGUUUUUUAAA